AUGAGCCCCGAGUCGCGACCAAGCCGGCGGCAGCACGGCCGCGAUGGCUUGGACGUGAUCCAGAACCACGUUCGCAUCUCGCUCGAGCGCGUGCAUCGCGCGCGGCUCCAGGGCCCAAAGCCGCACCGGCCAAAAGCCCACGUGGAAGAGCCCGUGCAAGUCGCGGCGCUGGGCCAGUAUCUCGAGGCCAAGAUGAAGGUCUCGGCGACGUCCCAUGCAGAAACUGUGGCAGCAAGCCCGCGCCGCCACCUCCACGGUUCGGACAGCUCGUUUGGGCUCGAGUUCAAGCUGAGUCGCGUUCUGAAGCAGCGCAAGCGGCGCAGUGGCAUGCACGUUGCCAAGCCAAACACUGACCAGCGCUCCAAGCUGGCCGCGAUCAAGUCCCGGAACGGCGCCGCCGCGCAGGCCGUUGUCGCGCAGCACCGCGAGCGGGAAUACAAUGACAACCCGCUCGGUUUGAGCGAGAACGUGCUCUUCGCCUUUCGCGCUGUUGCCCAUGUGUGGCUUGCGCGGAAGCGGCGCAAGGACCGCGCGAUGCGAGAGAACGUCACCAACAAGCUCAUCUUGCAUCAAUCCCGCCCCAAGGAGCUGUCGCCAGCCGUCUUUGACAUAAUCAGCAAGAGCUUUGUGACGCCCGUGCCCGCGCUUCAGUUCUUUGACGCCGAAGCCGCCGACAUGCCGCCGAUCCAGCCCCGCAACGUCAUCCCGACCCGAAGCGGUCUCGUCCCAAGCUCCCCAAGCGCGACACCCAUGCGUCCGACCAAGCCGUCGACGGCACCCGCAACACUCACGCCACGCGGCAUUUGCUACACGAUCGACAGCAGCGGGCACCGCCAGAGCAAGAUGCAACACAACACCGACCUUGGCACACCGCGACGACCCCGACCACUCUACGCGUCCAAGCUCGCUACGUCCAUGGACGAUGCGGUCAUGCAUACGCUCAACAAACGGCUCAAACUGCGCAUGGCCGCCAAGAAGCAGCGCAUCGUCGACAUCUCGGAUGCGUUUGGGAGCAACCAAGACCACCUCAAGCUGAACCUCUCGGCCAAGCUCGCCAUGCACUGGGCCGAGCGAGAACACUUGCAUGCGUCCAAGCUCGAAGCGGCGUGCCUCAACGACACCAACUUGCCGUCGUUUCAAGUGAGUAAGGACCAGCACCUUGGUCGACUGCGCGUGCAGAAGGCGCGGCUGCUCGAGCUCUGCACCACGCUCAGUAUCUUUGGCGCGAUGCUGCGGGCCCACGAAGACGCCCGCCAAGAGAUGACGCGGUCCGAGCUGCACGUGCUCUCGCUCUUUCGGAUUGUGAUUGAAAACAACUGCGUCCUGACACCGGUUGUCAUCCAGGGCAUUGCGUCCCAGCUCUCGAGCGCGGACCUCGCCUGUCCCCGAGUCCAGGCGCUCUUCUCCAUCAUUGCCAACCGCAUGGGCCAAGACGCACUCGCCACGACAAGGACACGCGUGGGCUAA